AUGAGUGAGUUCUGGGUCUCCAAGAAACGCUAUUGGUGUAAAUACUGCGGUAUUAGCAUAGCAGAUGAUGCGCCUUCCCGCCAGCACCAUGAGAGUGGUCUUCGUCACAAAGGAAAUGUUGACCGAUACAUUCGAGAUAUCUACAAGACUAGUGAGAAGAAGAAAAAGGAUGCUGCUGAGGAGGAAAGAGAGCUGAAGCGAAUUGAUGCGGCUGCUAGAGAAGCCUAUGCCAAAGACAUAGGCAGUGGCGCAGCUGCUGCAUCUACCUCAGCAUCGUCAUCAUCGAGCGCUCCUGCCCAACGAGCGCCUGCAGCAAAACCGCCACCUCCUAAACCGACAGACAAAUUCGCCAACUAUUCCACAGCUGAAUCACUAGGUUUUGUUGACGAAGCGGUGCUAGAAGCUCAAAAAAGACAAACAGAAGGUCUGGCUGGAGAAUGGCAGCUCGUACUUCCAACGUCUGCUCCAAAAUCCAAAACAACUGAAGAAACCGAAAAACGUGGACUGCAGCCUGCACAGACAGAGGAAAAGGCAGCAGCGGAAAGUAGUCGUAACUUCCGAGUGGGAGAACGUAAAGUAGGAGCUGGGCUUCAAGAAAUCUGGGAACCGGAUAUUCCGAUACGAGUCAAAGUCAAGACGGAAACGCAGCCGGCUCAAUCACAGGAGCAAGAGGCAAAACCUAAAGCCGAGAUCGACUAUGGCUUGCCACAGGCAACGGAAAAGCCUGUGUGGAAACCUACAACCUGGUCCAAGACUGGAGAGGUCAAGCAGGAGGUCAAAGAAGAACCCAGCGACAAGAUCAAGGAAGAGGAGCCUUCCCCAACGCUGUUGCCUACCGAUGCAACCUCGGCCCCGCCACCUCAGCCAACACCACCACCCGCUGAGCCACCAGUCAAAAGUGAGCCCGAAGAGCCCAAACUGGAAGAAAUAGCCCCUCCCUCUGGUGGCGGUGGUUUGUUCCGUAAACGAAAGGCCCCACCAACAACAGCAGGGACUCGAGGAGUAAAAAAACGAUGA